AUGGCCUUCCCCUUGCCAACCCCCUUGUCCUCCUUGCCACCCCCCACGGAGCCCCACACCUUUCGAAUGCUGGUGACCAUGCACUUCCAUGACACCGGCACCAGGACAUCUGAUACCCAGGGCACUGCACUGCUGAGCGAUAUUCCCACCCAUGCCAUGGACUGUGGCACUUGCCCCAUUCACUUCCACCAGCCCUGGGCCCACCAGGGGCUAUCCCCCAAGCAGUGGGGAGACCUGGAGCAAGAAAUACAUCUCUACCUUGCGCUCAUCAGCCAGAGGAUUACUGUGUUAGUGCAGGAGGCAGGCGUGGGCUUCACCUUUGUGAUCCAGAUCCUCUUGGGCUGUGAGAUCCUCCCCAAUGGCACCUUCCACACCUUUUGCCAGACUGCCCGGGACAGGCAGGACUUUGUGAGCUAUGACCUGGCCACAGGCGAGUGGACAGUCAUGCCAGGGGAUGAACUGGCCCAGCGAGUUUAUGAGUACUACAGCCAGGACCAGGGCAUAGCAAGCCAUCUGCGGUUCCUGCUCCAGGACCUCUGUGUCUCUGAGGCCCAGAGCUUUGCCUACUAUGGGAAGGAAGUGCUGAAGAGGCAGGAACUCCUGGUGGCCGUGGUGUUUGCCCAGCAGCCUCCUGUUGCCCCAGAACUCCCACUGAUGUUGGUUUGCUGGGUCACUGGCUUCUACCCGCAACCCAUCCAUGUGGCCUGGUUGCAGGAUGGUGAGGAGGUGCCUCCAGGCCCGGGGCUCAGUUCCAGUGGCCUCCUGCCCAACGCUGACCUGACCUAUCAGCUGCGCAUUGUCCUGGCCAUUGACCCAUCUGCUGGGCACCACUACGCCUGCCAUGUGGAGCACAGCAGUCUGGGAGGCCACAGCCUCAUCAUGCCUUGGGCUUGGUGCAGGGGGCUCAGCAGGCACUGGGAUGUGGGCCUGAUUUUGGGUAUUUCCAUCUCCUUGCUGGCUACAGCUGGCCUGGCAGCCAUCCUGUUGUGGAGGAGACACUGUGAGUCCCUCUCCCUACCCUAGGGGACAAAAGGAUGGUGAACCUAGCUCCCCGAGCUCACCAUCCUCUUUCUCUUCCUGCAGGAUCUGUGCACCCAGAGAAGAGGAGCAGCCCAGGGCUGCAGCUGCUACCCACUGCCCUUGGUCUUCAGUGGCUGGGGGUCUCUGACUAAGCAAGACCAGCCAGGCCCAACACCUGUGGGUCAGCAAGAAGGGGUUGGUCAGGCUAGGAGCCUGGACACCUGGGUACCAUGCCAGCUCUGGGAGGAGAAUGAGGCUGGGGUGCAGUUAGAGAGAGGCUGGCAUGGG